CCAACUCCGUCUCUCUCAAUUACACCCAAAUCAAACCAAUCCAAACCCUAAUCGAAGCGCGACGACUAUCCAAUCCCUACUCCUCCUCUUCUCUCGACGACCGAGAACCUGCAACGGCUUUGCCUGGUUUUUGGAGAAUAAUGGUUGAUACUUUCUCAGUAAUUUCAACCAUAAAGCAAGGCGGAUAAUCUUGUUAAGAUCCCUCAUUGGGAAUUCCUACGUCUGAAUGCCACGAAACUUCUGGACAUGGCCAAGUUAGGAAUGACAGAUUCUAUCAUGUUUUCUUUCAAAUGCAGAUGAUAGAACUAUGCCUUUCUCAAAUUUGAUGAAAGGAUGCCCAAAAAAUUGAAGUUUCUCAUCUUUGUAUGUUGAAUGUCAUGAAGCUCAAGUGCUAUGGAGUUAGGCUGCAGGUGGUUAAGGUCUCUCACUGAUAGAAAGAACCAGAGUAGAGUUCCAAAGAAAAUGCACAAAGCUGAAAGAGAGAAACUUAAACGUGACCAGUUGAAUGAACUCUUUCUUGAGCUUGGUCAUGUGCUUGAACCAGAUCGACAAAACAAUUGUAAGGCUUCCAUAUUGGGGGAUACUACCCGUGUACUUCGAGAUCUUUUCGCUCAAGUAGAAACUCUCAGAAAGGAAAAUGCUGCUCUGCUAACCGAAUCUCGUUAUGUUACCGUGGAGAGGAAUGAGCUGAAAGAUGAGAACAAUGCUCUGCAAGCUGAAAUAUCCCAGCUUCAAACUGAGCUACAGGGGAGAUCGUUGUCUGUUACCAUGUGGAAUAACAACACUAACUCAAGCUCUUUCACUCAACCACAGCCAACAGCCACUGUGCUUCCGAUGCAGCAACAACCAAUCAUUAUUGGAUCUGUGCAAGCAAACCCCGUCCGGGAGCUUCAGCUCUUCCCAGUGGAAAGAAUAACCACACCACCAUCAACACCACCUGCACCACCUUCUCAGGUAACAAGACCACAUGCCAGAUAUCCGGCUCCAUUGGACUUGUGGCCAGGUCAGUUGCUUUCUACUCUUCCACGGACCUCGCAAGAAGAAAUAUGUGGCAGCAGUAGCAUAAGCACUGGCAGCAAGGAGGGAUCUGAUAAAGUAUGAGCCAGUACGUAAGAUUGAGACAUGUACAUCAGGGAUUUGACAAAAUUUUCCCACUUAUCAAUGGCUAAAUGAAGAAUGCCAUUUAAGCAUUACAAGAAUUCUUGCUGAUGAUGUUGCCAAGGGAAAAAGCUUGAGUUGGUGGGAAAGCAGUAGUUAGUUUUGAGAAACAUAUACAUAUUUUGUUGUGAAUCAAUGAAUUCAGGUUUCUUCAA